CAAUCUCACUUAUAAUGCUGAUUCUGAAAAGAAUAAAUCUAAAGCACUCAUAAAUCUCAAGAAUCAGUCUCAUUCUUCAAACCCAUAUGCUAUUUCCCAUUUCAUGAUGAAUCAAUUAAUUUAAAUUUCUUCUUCUUAUUCUUGUUUAUGUGCAUUCAUUCCAUGAUAGCGAAUAAAACACCCCAUUUGCCACCACAAUUCUGAAUCAUCCAUUUUCUUUUUACCUCGUACGAUCAAAUGCCUCAUGUUCUUGCAUUUUUGGCAAGAAAAUCAGCUGCAUGAUCUUAAUUCUUAGGUUUUUCAUUUCAUGACAUGUUUGAUUGGGUUUUCCCAUUUGGCAAGGAACUGGCCCUUCUCAUUUCUUGUGGUUAUUCAAUUAUUUGUUGUAAAGAUUCAAUUUUUCUGAAUGCCCAUGUCCUGAAAAGUUAUAAUACCUGCCACAUUCUUCUUUAGUAGUGAAUCUUUUUUUGAGUUGGUAGCACACAAGAAUUCUUGAUUUGAAAGGAUGAAAAAAUGCUCCUAUUGAUUCCAUCAAUUCUCUUUUGGCUGGCUUCUCUGUUCAUGUCUGAAUUGGGAUCAAGACUAAUGAACAGAACAACACAUUCCUAAGUAUAGAAUCCAUAAAUUGAGUUAGUUAGAAAGAGAUGCAAUCUAGAGUGGGAAGUGUGAGCAUAUUAGAGGAAGGCCAAAUUCCUCCAAGGAUUAUUAUACACCAACGCAACAACCAUCUGCCUCUUAGGCUGCUGCUUCUCUUCCUCUUGUUAGGAGUAGGCCUAGUGUUUCUCUAUGUCAGUAUGUAUACAUACGGCUGCAUCCGCAUCCACGACUUUUCCUCCUCCAGGAUCCAGACCCACCAGGCCUGCGUUCAACGCUUGGCGAGCUGGACUAGGCCUCCAUUGACCCUCGUGCACGAGAUGAACGACACAGAGCUGUUUUCGUGCGCCUCAUCAUCGCUUAACAAGCUCCCCUCCAACAGGACUCCCAAGAUUGCAUUCAUGUUCUUGACAAGGGGGCCUCUGCCCCUCUCCCCUCUCUGGGACAAGUUUUUCCAAGGCAACGACCGCCUUUACUCGAUCUACAUUCACUCCUCGCCUACCUAUGAUCCCGAUUUUGACCCUUCUUCCCCCUUCUAUGGCAGGCAGAUACCUAGCCAGGUUGCUGAGUGGGGGAGGAUGAGCAUGUGUGACGCGGAGAGGCGCCUCCUUGCCAACGCGCUGCUGGAUGUCUCGAACGAGUGGUUUGUGCUGGUGUCGGAAGCAUGCAUCCCACUGAAAAACUUCAGCACCAUCUACACCCACAUAUCCCAAUCCCAGUUGAGCUUCCUUGGGGCCUUUGAUGAGGACAGUCCGAACGCCCGGGGGCGGUACAACUGGGGGAUGGAGCCAGAGGUGAACCUCUCGGACUGGCGAAAGGGGUCCCAGUGGUUCGAGCUUAGCAGGAAGCUGGCAGUGGAGGUUGUGCGGGACGCCUUCUACUACCCGAAGUUUAAGUACUUCUGCAGGGCGGACAGCUGCUAUAGUGAUGAGCAUUACCUGCCCACAAUGCUGACCCUGCUGUCGCCGCGCCUCCUUGCCAACCGGACCCUCACGUGGGUCGACUGGUCCAGGGGCGGGCCCCACCCGGCCUUGUACGACGUGGGGGAGCUGACAGAGAACUUCUUCAAGGAUGUUGUUGAUGGUGAAUCAUGCAUGUACAAUAAUCACACUACCAAUCUAUGUUUUAUGUUUCUAAGGAAGAUUGCUCCUUCUGCAUUGGAUCAUUUGUUGAGCCAUUCGUUGGAGUUUUUCGGAUUUUGAUGGACUUCUUUUUUUACUAUGAGAUAGAAUUUUGGAUGUGUUGUUGAUGUGAAGAUUCAUUAACGAAGAAAUUGGGGAGAGUGCCAUGUUGGUUUGUUUGAUGAAAGUUGAGUUUUGUUCGUACAA